CACGCCCGUUGCGACCUUAUUUUUGUCACACUACAAACAAACAUUCUAUUUGUACAAUACCAUCACAAAUUUCAAAACAACAUUACGUUAACAAAGUCGGCUAUCGUAUGACCCAAAUCAUAGAUAGAUUAAAGAAUCGAGUAUAUCACAGGUUAUUACGCAGAUCGGAAAGAUUAAAAACAUUUGUUAUUUUCACACAAAAAUGAAACAGACUGGAAAAGGAUGACAAUAAACAUUCUUAUAGUCCGCGGUUUAACAACAAUUUCACUUGCUGACUAUUGCACAAAAGAGCAGGGUACAUAUAACGCUGGGAAUUCAUGCUUGACUGCAAAAACAAAAUCACUCAAAAAAUUGUAAUUUCCUGUAAUUUUCUAUAGUAAAUUUGCGAUAUAAUACGAAACGUGACUGGAAAGAGAAAAUUAUUUUUUAGUCAUACGCGAUAACUUGGAUGCCGACAUUAAUUUAAUAUGACGGUGUGUGGGUGUGAUGUCUGCGAGUCCAUAUCGAGUUUGAAUUUAUGCCCGAAGCGAAUCUUUAGUUAGAAAAUAAUAGUUGGAAAAGAUCACUUUCCAUAAAUGAAAGAAAACCGCUGUUGAUGAACAAGUGAACAGGUUCUGACAGAAGAAAAAAUACUGUUUAGACGAGAUGUAAUUAUCAGGUUUAUAUAUUGGGGGAAGGGCUGACAAUCAGCCACAUCGCAAGUUUGUAAUUGCCCCUAUGGAAUACGUAUACGAACCCACGUAGUCGAGAUGCUCCAUCGGUUGGCGGUGCAAAAACUCAUUCAUGUAUGGAGAUUUAACUAUUUUGCAUCUAUCUUUCAAAUGAUUUAUUGGGUUCUGUUUUGGAUACAUUUAGAAAUAUCAGCAUUUAGAAUGGAUACCAGCAUAAAGUCGAUAACAAUCGUUAUGUUGAAAGGUAGAUUAUCCGAAGCUUUGCCAUGAGCGACCAUCGUGCAUAUAUACUUGAGCUUUCAGAAAUAAAAACAGCAGCUAGCACCUUCGAGUUCUGUAGCAGACUUUUUUGGUGUGAGCGUUUAAGUUAAAUUUCCAUAUUUUGUCAAAUCGCCUUCAAUGGAUCACUGCUUACAACUGAACUCAAGUUGAUGACACAUUUGGUUGAAAUGCGGACGCUACGACUCCGUAAAUAGGUUCGUCAACUCAAAAUGAAACUGCAAGUACUGAAAACUUUUAAUUUUGUAUUUACAUAAUUGCUACCAUUCUUGUAACAAAGUUCCAAAGAAGAUCCACAGCAUGUUUUACCAGUGACUUUCAUUACAUGACAAAUUUCAAGCACCGGGUUUGGAAAGAUAUAGAUCUGCGAGAAAAGGUGGUUGGAAUCACCAGAAAUCUGGUGAAUUGCUCGGAAGAUAUGCCUGGCGCAACAUUAGUAAUUCGGUAUAAUUUAUCACCCUGGUAAUUUAAGAAGUUUCGAUUUUGUUGUUCUUACUAAAGAAGUACUUUCAUUCUAUUUAACGACACGAAAAAAAAAUCCUUUCACCUAAAUAAAAUAUGCAAAUCGCUGACAUAAAACAAUCUGAAUUUAAAUAUAUCUCAAUCGUUUCACGAAAGCGUUGGUUUACGUUUCACCACCCUAUCAGAUUUCAAAUAAAUAGAACGUUUAUUGGCCUAUUAUGAGCAGCUUAUUUGAUCUCGUGGGCAAUGGAGUACUUUUUAGGUUAGAUAUUCCGCCCCAACAGAGCAUGUUUACAUCUGAAGUUACGUAGGCUACUAAGAGCAAAUAAGUGUUGGUAUUGGAUAAUUAUUUUGCCAUGUAAGUAUAUCACCCUCACAAGUCAAGUAUUAGUUAGAAUUUAACUGUCAGUUGAAUCAUCAUACUGAUUCAUUUUUAUAACGAUUCGGUUGUAAGUUAAUACUUUCUUUAUUGUUAGAUUAUCCAGCUAUAAACCAGCGUACUUUAAAAAAUAGUCUACACUUGAAUGAAAAUUCAAACACCAAGUUGAACGUACUCGUAAACAGAUAAAGCGAUGACUUCGACUAAUUCAACGGGAGAAAUUACCAACAUUUCGUCACGCUCAAUGAUGCAACACGUCGGAUUAGAAGCGUUACGUUUGGCAUCGUCUUCUUACGCAAUUGACGCAAUAAGUUCGUGUUUUGGUGGAAACAUAAGUUCCAUCCUCCCAGUCAACUUUCUUAUAUUUAUCAAUAUUCUCUUAUUGGCGACAAUAUUAUUCAUCUCAUAUCAAGUAUGGACAAUAUUAUUUUCACCGAUAGAUGUAUUUUACGAUGUUGGAAGCAUUGGUUUUGUUCAUCAUGAUAAACGUAUACCAAAGCACAAGACAGUCAAUAUUACUCGAAGACAAAGACUCGUUGGAGAAACGCCCCCAGUCUACCCAAACGGUUGGUUCAGAUUAAUUGACUCUAAUAUGCUGAAGAAAGGUCAACUCAAAAGCGUGUUUGCACUAGGGGAACAUCUUGCAGUAUUUCGUAAUAAGAAAGGCGUCGUUCGUGUUCUUGACGCUCAUUGUCCGCAUAUGGGAGCAAAUAUGGCGACUGGUGGAAGAGUGCUUGGCUCUGAUUGCUUGCAAUGUCCGUUUCAUGGAUGGACAUUCAGUGGAGAAACCGGAAAACUGGUUGACAUUCCAUAUACAACUAAAGUUCCUAAUUUUGUGUCUGUACGAAAAUGGCCGGUCUGUGAAAUAAACAAUAUAAUAUACGUCUGGUAUGAUUGUGACGGGAAGGAGCCAUCUUGGAAAUUGACAAAAUUAUCUAAUCUACAACGUCUCAAAUACGUAGGACGCACAGAGCACAUUGUGAAUUCUCACGUACAGGAAAUUCCAGAAAAUGCCGCAGACGUCGCACAUUUACAACAUUUGCAUAAACCAAUUAUUGGACGAGAUGUUGAAAAUACGUAUGGACCAGUGUGGAAUUUUUUGAGACACGAUAUUGAAGCGGCUUGGAGAACUCCCGAUGAUCCAGAGUAUCAACACAUAUCGACGAUGGAAAUCAGUGAUGCUACACACUUUAAAUUAUUUGGAAUACGGAUCCCGCUAAAGAAAAUGUUCUUCCAUAUCGAACAGAUCGGGCCUGGAAACGUCCAUAUUCACAUCAAUACCCCAUACUUUCGAGGAGUUUUGAUUCAGACUAUAACGCCUACGGAACCCCUUCUACAGAGACUCUCGCAUACUUUUUAUGUUGAACCACUCGUUCCAAUGUUCAUCGCGAAAUCCUUUCUAUAUCUUGAAGCAACUCAGAUUGAACGCGACAUUAUGGUUUGGAACAACAAGAAAUAUCUUUUGAAACCUUUGUUGGUGAAGGAAGAAUCGUCGAUUGUUAAGCAUAGAAGGUGGUUCAGGCAAUUCUACUCAGAAAACAGUCCUAGGCUGAAUUCCGCGGGAACUGCCUUGAUCAAUCCCCUUCGCACUGAAGUAAACGACUGGUGAUUUUGAAAAAUAGGCAUGCGUUAUAAAGUAAAACCAUGUCAGAGACAGCAUCAUCGGGUGUGGUGCGAUCACAGGUGUAGAUAUCAUCGAUAAAGUGGUGGCAUGAUAGAGAUGAGACACUUACGCGGCAUUCAUUUAUUUUGUAAAAUUUAAUACUUUGGAACUUAAUUUUUCGCUUUUGAAUUUAAUUAUAAAUCGUACUAUUAUGUGUAAUUAUUUAUUAUUUAAAAUCAAUUUUGCAUUGCUGAAUAAAUUUACUAUAAAUAGUUUUUAUUUGAAA